UACGGGUUUCAACCUAUUAUUUAACACUACACAGUGCAAUAUGUGGACAAAAGUAGUUAAAACACUGACCUAAGAUUUGUUUUUAAACAACAAUAUAUGUCUUCUCCAAGUUUCCGUAUCAGCUUUGCGAUUUAUCAGCUGAUGACGCAUGGUGACGCCCCUGGAGUUUGAUUACUUUCUGCAAUGCUAAAAGCUAGCAAGUGAUAGCUAAUAAAUGUGCAGUGAGUUCACAGGGAGGACGAGAGGGUGCACAGUGAUGAACGAACAAGUAGAGCAAUUUCACCUGUUGUGAAACAGCGAGCUAACCCUGGCAGUAAGAUAACGCAGAUCGACUGUCAACAACAAGGUUGAAGUCGUAUCAAUCACCAGAAUAACUGGAUAAAGCACCGUGGACGCGCCAACAAUAGAGAGGGAUGUGCAAUGGCAUCGGUGCGGGUAGCUGUCCGGCUCAGGCCGAUGAACAGGCGGGAGAAGGAUCUGACCGCAAAAUGCAUUAUUGGAAUGGAGGGAACAAAGACUACUAUUUCAAACCUAAAGGUGACAGAUGGAAUUACUGGGGAUUCUGUGAGAGAGAGAACCAAGACCUUCACAUAUGACUUUUCCUAUGACUCCUCUGACUGCAAAAGCACCAGUUUCGUAUCUCAAGAAAAGGUUUUUAAAGAUCUGGGCUCUGAUGUCCUGAAGGCUGCUUUCGAAGGCUACAAUGCUUGUAUCUUCGCCUAUGGCCAGACGGGCUCUGGAAAGUCUUACACCAUGAUGGGCAACCCAGAAGAUGCAGGACUCAUCCCAAGAAUAUGUGAGGGUCUUUUCAGCCGCAUUGCUGGGAUGACACGAUGGGAUGAGGCCUCUUUCCGCACGGAAGUCAGUUAUUUGGAGAUCUACAAUGAGCGCGUCAGAGACCUGCUCCGAAGAAAGUCCACACAGACUUACAACCUGAGGGUGAGGGAGCACCCCAAAGAUGGACCCUAUGUGGAGGACCUGUCAAAGCAUCUGGUGCAGAACUAUAGUGACGUGGAGGAGCUGAUGGAAGCAGGCAACAUCAACCGCACCACGGCAAGCACAGACAUGAACGACACCAGCAGCCGCUCGCACGCCAUCUUCACCAUCAACUUCACUCAGGCUAAGUUUGAUGCAGAGAUGCCUUGCGAGACGGUCAGUAAGAUCCACCUGGUGGACCUGGCAGGCAGUGAGAGGGCGGACGCCACGGGAGCCACAGGUGUCAGGCUAAAGGAAGGAGGCAACAUCAACAAAUCUCUGGUUACCCUGGGCAAUGUAAUCUCUGCUUUGGCUGACCUCACCCAGGAUGCAGUAAACACCAACCUGAAGAAGAAGCAGGUGUUCGUGCCUUACAGAGACUCGGUGCUGACCUGGCUGCUGAAGGACAGUCUUGGAGGCAACUCCAAGACCAUCAUGAUCGCAACCCUUUCACCUGCUGACGUCAACUAUGGAGAGACGCUGAGCACACUUCGCUACGCCAACCGUGCCAAGAACAUCAUCAACAAGCCCACGAUCAACGAGGAUUCCAACGUCAAGCUCAUCAGGGAACUGAGGGCAGAAAUCGCCCGACUAAAAGCACUCCUCAUCCAGGGGAACCAGAUUGCUCUGCUAGAUUCACCCACCGCCUUGAGCAUGGAGGAGAAACUGCACCAGAAUGAAGCAAGGGUACGAGAGCUGACUAAGGAGUGGACUAACAAAUGGAAUGAAACUCAGAACAUUCUGAAGGAAGAGACCCUUGCCCUAAGAAAAGAAGGGAUCGGUGUGGUCCUAGACUCCGAGUUGCCGCACCUUAUCGGAAUUGACGAUGACCUCCUUAGCACUGGGAUUAUCCUCUACCAUCUAAAGGAGGGCAGGACGUAUGUUGGCCGAGAUGAUGCAUCAACAGAGCAGGAUAUCAUUCUCCAUGGGUUGGACCUGGAGAGCAAACACUGCAUGUUUGAGAACCAGACCGGCACUGUCACCCUGAUACCGCUCAACGGGGCCCAAUGUUCAGUAAAUGGGGUGCAAGUGACAGAGCCAGCACCGCUCAAUCAAGGUGCUGUCAUCCUGCUAGGCAGAACAAACAUGUUUCGUUUCAACCACCCUAAAGAGGCAGCUAAAUUAAGGGAAAAAAGAAAGAGUGGGCUACUCUCCUCUUUCAGUUUGUCAAUGACAGAUCUUUCCCAGUCAUGUGAGAACCUUUCCACCGUCAUGCUUUACAACCCAGGUUUCUUCACUGAAAGGGGGCCCAUCUUUCUCAGGUUAGAGUUUGAGAGACAGCAACGGGAAGAACUGGAAAAGCUGGAGCAUAAAAGGAGGCUGAUCAAAGAGAUGGAGGAGAAGCAGAAGUGUGAGAAGGCCGAGCUGGAGCGCCUGCAGCAGGAGGUGGAGUCCCAGCGGAAGGAGUCGGAGCAGGUCCAGCUCCGCAUCCGGCGCCAAGAGGAGAGCCUCCGCUGCCGCAGCCAGGACAUCGAGAGCCGCCUCCGCGACCUCCUGGCCGAGAAGGAGCGCUUUGAGGAGGAGCGAGGCCGCGACACUCAAGAGCUGGACCUGCAGAGACGGCAGCAGCGAAAGCAGCAGGAGGAGUGGAACGAGCGGGAGGCGCAGGACGUGGAGGUGCGGCGCCAGCAGGAGGCGGCUGAGCGCGCAGAGCAGACGGAAAUCUACCGCGAGCUGGAGCGGCUGAAACGAGAGCGCGAGGAGCAGGAGGUGAGGUUGGAAGCGGAGCGCAGGCGCUUGGAGGAGCAGGAGCGCGAGCAGCUGAGUCUAGUCGGGCGCUUGGAGGAGCAGCUUCGCGAACGCCACGACGCAGCCGCCGCACUCCUGACCCGCGAGGAUCGCAGGCGUCUGGAGAACGAGAGCUGCGCCCUUGCCGAGAUCCGUGAGGUCCUGCUCCGUGCCAAGGAGGCCUGUGAGCGCCCUGAUGGUGAAGAAUCCUGGAAUGAGGUACGCGCCGCCCAGGCAAGCUAUACAGACUUUAAGGCCGCCCAGGUAACGGAGCUAAGCCAGCUGGAGGAGGGGCUUCGAAUGCAGAAGGAGCGUCUGGAGAAGGAGGUUGCAGCCGAACGUGCUACCCUAGCCCUGCUGGUCCAGGCCCACAAGGACCGUCAGCGGCAGGUACGGGAAACCCAAGAGAAGGGAGCACAGGAUGCCACCGUGCUUUUCCAGGAGGAGCAGCGAAUCAAGCAGGCCGAACAGCGCCUUCAGUUCAAGGAGCGCCAGUUAGCCACUCUGGCAGACAGCCACCUGCCAGCAGUUGCGGAGGAGAGGCAAAGAGCUGUCGAGCUGCUCGAACGAGGCAACGCCGGCGGGGACAGCGGCCGCCACAGCCCCCCGGCCCUGGACAACACACUGUACCAGGUGGAGAAGGAGCUCGAGGAGAAGAAGGAGCAGCUGACGCUGCACUGUGCCAGCGCCGAACAGCUCCAGCAACUCCACGACACGUACGAGUUUACGGCCAACGUGGCGCGGCAGGAGGAGAAGGUUCGAAGGAAGGAAAAGGAGAUCUUAGAGUCGCGGGGAAAGCAGCAGCGAGAGGCUUUGGAGCAGGCCGUCGCACGCCUCCAGAGAAGGCACUGUGCCCUGAGGCGUAGCAUCUCACUGGAGCCUGAGAACGAGGAGCUGAAACAUAAAGGGUCAAUCCUGAACACAGCACGGGCCGCUCCAGAGCUAGACCAGGAAAGAGUGGAGCGUGAGAUCCUGAAGCUGAAGCAGAGGAUCAGUGAGAGUGAAGGGAGUGGGAGGAGCCACUCGGUGAGCAGCGAUGACAAGAGCAGUCACACCAACUCUCCAGUCAGCCCCAUCAUCGCAAGCCUCCCGGGUGUACUGCCCAUUGCAGACGAAAGGAUCAAUGCAUACAUUGAGGAGGAGGUUCAAAGAAGAUUACAGAAGAUUAAUCUCCUGAAUGGGGAUACCGUUGAUCUUUCGUUUUCAUCUGAGUCACUGAAGGACCAAGAAGAAGUUAAUGAAUCUGGGUCUGUAAGACUAACAGAUGAGGAUGAUGACAAGCAACAAAAUCAUGUAAAUCCAAGGAAACUGAAAUAUGAGCAGCGAGUCACAUCUUUUUCUCUGGGAACCAACUCUGACUGCCUGGACCCUGUUAAAAUUUGCAUUCCUCGCUACGUUCUCCGAGGCCAGGGGAAAGAUGAGCACUUUGAAUUUGAAGUGAAGCUCGCAGUAAUGGACGAAACAUGGACUGUCUUUAGACGAUACAGCCGAUUUCGAGAAAUGCACAAAAGUCUCAAAUUGAAAUAUCCAGACCUCACAGCUCUAGAAUUUCCUCCCAAAAAAAUCUUUGGAAACCGAGAUGAGAGAAUGAUUGCUGAACGACGGGGUCACUUAGAGAGGUAUUUGAGGAACUUCUUCAGGGUGAUGUCAUCAUCUUCUGGUUCACCUCUACGAACAGACUCUGAGGGCAGGCUGCCUUUAUCCAAGCACGCCAUCUGUGAGUUCUCGUCGUUUUUCAAAAAGGGUGUUUUUGACUACAGUAGCCAUGGCACCGGCUGACCCCUUUUGGACAACUAACUUUCAAGAAGCUGUUAUCUUAAAACCAAAAUGCACUUAGUAGUGCCUUCACAAGUAACUCCUUUCACCCGUUUUUUUCACCACCAUGCUUCUCUUUUCUACUGAGUUACAAUAUACACACAGCAGUUUUCUCUUUUGUCCAAAAAUAUAAAUUUCCAUAGAUAUUGAAUAGUCAAGCCAUUAAGUUGUAGCAUGUUUAUCAUAACAUUUUACUUCUUGAUGUUGUUCUCUAAAGAUUUAUUGUUGCUCACUCAACGGCAGUUAUGGUCAGUAGGCAAGUUUUUCUUGAUAUGCAAUAGAUAUACAUACUUAUGUGAUUGAUGUAGGGCGACACAACUGCUAAAGCUUUUGGCCUUACAAGCUUACUGAAAAUAAUAUUUUGCCAGUUUUACAUACUUUUACAUACAUAAUUUCAACCAUUGCUGCUAGCAUAUUACUCAAUGAGUCUUGCAAGUUGCUUGAGUAGUUCCUGUUCCUGUGCAAUAAAAACAAAUCUAAACUACUUGGCAUUAGGUACAGACAUUUGAUUGUUCAGUGGGGGAAAAAACUAACAGAACUACCUGGUUAGAAAAAAAUUGAUUAUAGAUUACUCCUGGAAGCUGUUGUCGCUCAAAUGGUUUUUGCGUAGUGAAGAAGGUAAUAGUUUUUCUUAUGUCUUCCAAUCUCUGAUUUGUAUAUGGCUUAUAGCAAAUACAGUCAGGGUUCCUUUGAUUUUGGGUCUUUGAAAUAACAUAAAGCUGCGCCAAGAAAAAAAGUUGUAAAAUGUCUUUCUCUUGAAGUCCAUUCAUAUUAAGAUAUUUGUAUAAAUGAUCGCUGAAAGACAUUUGGGCAUUGCCUCAAUUGCUAAAAUAACUUUAAUCACUAUUUGUAAGCCAUACUUUAUAAAUAGAAUGUAUAAUUGAAUGUCAGUGUGCAUAUAUAUUCUUCUUAAAAGCCGUAUACACAUGCAAUAUAAAAUGUUUACACUGAAUAUCAUAAAAGGGAUUGUACAAUUUGUUUUUGUUCUACAUACUUUAAUUGUUUUGUGAUAAGGUUCACUCCAUUACUGUAUAUUUUGAACAUACUUCGAAUUGUGGGUUUGACAUCAUGGAUAUGAAUUGAAUAAUUGCCCUUUUCAAUGUGACAGGUUAAGAACUAUUAUGAAAGCAUAGAUUUUUCCAACUUGUGAAUUUGAAUUUAUGUCCUGGGAAACAAGUGACUAAAAACAUAUACAACACCUCUAAUGUCUACCAGUUUUUAUUAUUAAAUUUUAUGACAGUUGUAUCAUACAUUUAUUGGAUUAAUACAAUAUAUGUGAUGUGUGAACUAAUGCAAUGCAGGAGGCUGGUCUUGUCAUGGACGUGCUACCAUGUAGGCCUACCAUAAAGGCAGAACAUGCUACAUGCGGCUGUAUAAAAUGCAGUUUUAAUUUUCAGUCUGUCUUACAACAGUGGGGAAUGAUUAGCACAACACUUAAUAUGCAAGACUGCCUAAAACUCAACGACUUCACUGAAACUACAACAAAUGUUGGUCAAGGUCACAGACUGAAAAUACAUUUCAAUUCCCAAACUUUAUGACUACAACUCUUUAGCUGCAUGUUUCCAAGAACCACUUUUCGAAAGAUUACAUUUAACAGAAUCUCCAGAAAUACCUUAUUCUGUUAGCACCUAAAGACGGCUGUUCCAAUUGUGGUUUCUGGAGGCAAUAAUAUGGGGAUUCCAAAUUAUUUGGUGUGGUAUCUCCUUGCAGUUUUGAUUUUCAAUGCUGGGUUCUCCUUUCAUUUGGCACACUUCAUACUGAAUUUCUUCAUAGGUGUGGUCAGCCAUGUUAAUAAUGUUGCCAUUUAGUCAAUUAGUUAUCCGUUUAGAAAAAUGUAUCUUAGUUAAAAUGGUAAACGUAAAUGUCAAUGCUUCUAUGACAAGCCCAAAUGUUAGAAUCCAGUGGUCUGUGUUAUUUUCUUCAUGCAAUUUUUUUAAUCCAUGUCGUUCUGUGUAGUAACACUUCCUGGCUGGAUUGGUACAUUGUCAUUAAAAUUGCAGGUUUGUGGUGGGUUGGAUGUGGAACAGUUCAGAUAGACAGAUGGUUUACAAUUGCAGAGGUAAAUGCUAGAGUCCAAUUGUGUAACCCUUAUUGUUAGUGACAUUUUGUCUCCCGAUAAGCCAAAACGUUUACCAUUAGUUUUUACUUCAAGUCCAUCUAUAACAAUGAUGAGGUCCACCAACUUUCCAUUGUAGAAUCUUCCCCAUGUUAUGUUGGGUCCCGCAGAAUGAUCACACAUCAGUUGCUGUUUGCUUUACAACUAUUCACACUAGGGAGUCCUGCUUUCAGAAAUGUCCAUAAAGGCAUGAAGGGGUCUGUCCUUUACCACUGAUCAAUUAACAAUAAUUAUUACUUUAAUACUGUUUUGAAUGAUCCGAAUAUAAUAAACAAUAUUUGAACUUUAACAUGCUAUGUUAGCUCAUGUAGACACGAAACGUUGAGUCCAUUUCUAAAACCUAAAUAAAAGCUUCCUAGCAUUUGGUGUCCUCUUUCUGUGCUU